AUGAAAAGCUUAGCAUGUUUAAUUGCUGUAUGUCUGGUAAUAAACCUUCCUAGCAACGCAGCAGCACGUUCUAAGAGCAAGAUGCCAAACCAGCCAAUCAAGGUGUACUACCUUCCACCAUCGCCACCAUGCCGGUCCAUCAUCAUGGCUGCCAAGGUCAUUGGUGUCGACCUGGACCUGGUCUUAACGAAUAUCAUGGAAGGACAUCAUAUGACGCCGGAAUAUCUUAAGAUGAAUCCACAACACACGAUUCCGACCAUGGACGACAGUGGAUUCAUUUUGUGGGAGAGCCGCGCAAUACUGGCUUACCUCGCUAAUGCCUAUAGUCGCGACGACACUUUAUACCCGAAGAACCCUCGUCAGCGAGCUAUUGUCGACCAGCGCCUGAACUUCGACCUUGGCACCCUUUACGUACGAUACUCUGCACUCUAUUUACCCAUGCUGUUCCGUGGUGAAGAGUAUGAUGAACAGAAGGCUGACCAGUUAGACGAGGCCCUUGGCUGGCUGAACACCUUCCUCGAUGGACGGGCCUUCGUCGCUGGUGACAAUCUUACCAUCGCUGACAUUUCUAUUAUCGUAACCAUCACAAAUCUUGAGGCUUUUGGCUACGACAUGAGCGGCCAUCCAAACCUCACGAAAUGGUUCGAAAGGACCAAGAAAGCUCUUGAGCCAUAUGGAUACGAAGACGUCGAUGUAGCUGGAGCUAAAAUGCUAGCAAAUUUCUUGAAGAAAGAUUAG